UUUUCAUAUGUUUCGGGUGAAAUAUCGAUAGAGUAAGGUACUGGCGAUACAGUAUCGAAAGCGUGUAGCUUUGGUAGUAACAUUUAAUCAAUUGAAAAAAAAUAUAUUUAUGCAUAUUAUGUGUUAAAUAUAAUGAUAGAACUUACGUUAUUUUCCGCAUUUUCAGUGGGAGUUUCAAAUUCUUCGCCUUCCUUGGCUGACGACUCCACCUGUUUUGACACAUUAUCCUUUUGCCUAACGUUCUGUCUCGCACCACCCUCUGAUUUGUAUAGGUCUUCAAAUACCAAUGCCUCCAGUUCUAAUUCCAAUACUCCUUUCGGCGGAGAACCUCUGUGCUUUUGCCGUAAUUCACUUAAGUCAAUGAAUUUAUCAGCUAACGCGUCGAGAGGAUUGUACCGUUCAUCUUUUUCUAUAUUAUUAUUUUUGUUACUUUCGUUUUUUUUUAAUAAUGCAGACGCAUUGUUGUUAUUCAGUUUCUUUGCUCUUUUCCUUUGCUUAGGCAUUUUGAACGGCAAAAAAAAAAUUAUUAAUCUUCGAAUCACAAGGGCAACACCCGAGGAAAAUCCGCAACUUCGGGCAGAAUUAUAAACUAUCGGCGCAGCGAAUUUCUAUAUUAAGUAAUGUCGGCUCUGUCUGAUGCCAUCGCAGUCAUCUUGACUAGAAGAUUAUCAAAAAAAAAAUUUUCACAAUUUUAGUACUCGAGUUAUUUGGUAUAAUCACUUCAAUAUAAGGAUAGGCCGCUGUAAUCAGCAUGUCUACACCUUUUAGAUUACGAGGACUAUCAAAAUGUUGUUGUAUUUCUUCAUUCACAUUGUUGAAUAGAAGAAAUG